UAUACAGUAGAUGAAUCGGAGCGAAGCGAGAAAUUUAUGUUUUGAUUUCCGUCAUAAUUCUGAAACAACGUCUAUAAACAACUAAGAACAAGUUACGGUGGAGUGAUGGCAUGUCGUUCUUAAGCAAACCAGGAGAUCUAACCUCGUUUGUGCGCGAUAUACAAAUCGCCGCAAGUAAAUAUAGCCGAGAAAAGCCGUCCUGCUUGUUGACAUGCGCUGUUUUGGAUGUAACAGUGGUGUUAACGUAACAGUGUCGUGAAUUAGUGUCGUACCUCAGCGUAAUGGUGUUCGUCACUUAAUUUGAACGAAUUAUUUUAGGGAGAUGUUAGAAGGGUUAGUCGCCUGGGUGUUAAACACCUACCUGGGCAAAUACGUUGAGAAUCUGAACACAGAUCAGCUUAGCAUUGCACUAUUGCAAGGAGAAGUUGAAUUGGAGAAUCUUCCGCUAAGGAAAGAUGCAUUACGUCAAGUUGGGCUUCCAAUACAGAUACGAAGUGGUUUUAUUGGAAAAGUGAAACUCCAAAUACCUGUGCGUCAAAUUAGAAGUGCACCAUGGGUUGUCAUUAUUGAAAGGCUGUAUGUCAUAGCAGGACCAUUGACACUUAAUGAGUGGAAUAAAGAAGCAGAAGAAAAUGCUGAUCAGGAAUAUAAAUUGUAUCUCCUGGAUGCAAUGGAAGCAAGAUGGCGUGCAGAAACUGAAACACCGCAGGAAGGUUCUUAUUCUUCGUGGUUCAGUUAUGGCACUGGUCUCGUGACUAAUAUUGUAGAAAAUUUGCAGUUAAGAAUAAAGGAUGUUCAUGUGCGCUAUGAGGAUGAUGUAACUGUACCUGGAGAGAUGUUUGUAUGUGGUGUGACUAUUGACUCACUGACUGCUCAAAGCUGUGAUGAUAAAUGGAUACCACGAUUCACAAAUUGGGAGGCAGGAGGCACCAGUUUCAAACUUGUGGAGCUGAACACACUUGCUCUGUAUUGGGACUCUGUAAAUACAUUGCUGGGGAAUUUACCUUUAGACGAACUGGCUGUAAAAAUGUCGAAAUCAUCUACAUGGGAACACCAUUUUUUGAUGUCUCCCGUGAGCGCACAGGCACAUAUUAAACGGAACAGGAGUGAACAACCGCUACGUUCAAAGACACAGCCACGUAUUGUGUGUGAUCUGCAGCUAGAUGAGGUCCCAUUAACUCUGGUGGAUUGGCAGUAUGCACAGAUGGUAGGCUGCAUAAAAGGCCUUAACAAAGUAGGAAAACUGUUUAGACGGCGACGUUGGCGCCCAACAGAGCAGCCGUCAGUCUGUCCUCGGCAGUGGUGGCUGUAUGCUGCUCGCUGCCAUAACUUGCUCUUGCCAGAUACACCCUUGACAGGUAGUGCUGGUUGGCAGCAAGCACUUUCACGUGCCAAAGAUAAUGUGCAGUAUGUAAAACUGUAUUCCCAUAGUCUGGCCAACCCGGGUGCGGCCCCAUUAGACAAGCAGCUGCGCACCCGCAUAGAAACUGAACGAAGCUUGGAUGAACUACGAAUUCUUCGUGAGAUAGCAAUGAAACGAGUGCGUCCCCCUCAAGUUCCAGCUGCUGCGCCGCAAACUGGUUCGGGCCGUAGUGUGCUGAUGCAGUGGUUUCCCCAGUGGUGGUAUACCAGCCCAUCUACAUCAACUUCUACUUCUACAUCCUCUCAGCAGCAGACAGAACAGAAUCCCAUAGAAGAUCAGUUACUUGAUGCAUUAGCAGACACACUAGAAAAUAACACUUUGCUACGCCGUGAUGUUGUAUUUGGACAGUGCAAUUUCACAUUGAAGCGGGGUACUUUCAACUUGUGCACAAGUACUGAAGAUCGGAAGAAGACACCAUUCAUUGAGCUGCAGUUUGAGAAUGUAAAACUUGAUUUUGAAUCACGGCCACGAACUGGAUCGCAUCGUUUUGAUAUUGAACUUGGGGCCAUAUACUUACGUGAUCAGCUGACACAAGACUCAGUGUUUCCUGUGUUAAUUGCACCUCAGAAUCGUCCUGAUUCUGCAUCAGCCCUUCCUCGACCAGGGCCAGGUGGACGAACGCCUGCAUCUGGUAUCCAGAGAUUUCUACUUAAUACACGUGCAGCAACAGCAGGAGCUGGACCAUCAGAAGAACCUCUUUUCUCACUUAGUUACGAGUACAAGCCUUUUGUUCCUGGAACUGACUACAGGUUACAUAUCCAGUCACAGUCUCUUGACAUUGUGUAUAACCCUGCUGCAGUGAAGUCUUUGGUAGACUUCUUCACAAGGCCACAUAAAAAACCAGAUGCGGAGUUGAGGCUUGCUGCUCGCCAUCAUUAUGAAGCAAUGAAAAAGAAAACAAAAGAAGAACUUUUACGGAACUGGGAACAAAUGCUUGAAGGAGAAGUAAUUGAUCGCAAAGUGUGGGAUAUUGAGCUGAACAUCUCUGCCCCACAAAUUAUAUUCUUGGAACAUUUCUGUGACAAAAAUGCACUCAUGAUUGUUGUGGACUUUGGCAAAUUCCACUUCAGUAAUAGAGCUGACCUGCCAAGAGCAAGCAUUAAUGCCAGCCAGAACAAAGAAAGUGAUGAAGAAGACGAAUUUCAGACACCUUGUUCCACACCACCAGGAAGUCAGACAAGUGAACCAGAGCUUUCACAGAUGCCUUCCCUAGUGUUGCACCCUCCAUCCAGAAAUGAGGACUUAUCUGAAAUCUCUCUCCAUCAAAAAUUGUAUGACAGGUAUCGCAUGGAACUUGGUGAUCUUCAGAUUCUUGUAGGAAGAGUCCGUGAUAACUGGAAAUAUGCACAUCUUAAGGGCACUUCCACUCUACAUCUUUUAGACCGAUUUAACAUAGCUAUUAUGCUGGAAAGACGACGAGUGUUUACAGUUGAUCCGAAUUUUCCAAAUUUGGCAUUAUCUGCAACAUUGCCUCGACUUGUAGUACAUAUGAAUGAGAACAAAGUCCAGGCAAUAAAGACAGUCAUGUCUACAGUUGCUGGAGGUGGUUUACUACCUUCCCCUUUCAGAUCUCAAAUGACACCAACAAGUGAUAUGAAAGGAGAGAUACUACGAGAGGCGGAAGUUGGGGGCUCUAGUGACCUUUUAUCAGAGAAAACUCAGCGAGAAGUGUCCCGUCUGCUGAUGUUACAAUUUACUGUGGAACACCUUUCAAUUGAGGUCCAGUCCAGAGGCCGUAGCAUAGCUGAGCUGCAGGUCUCAGGAGUGCGGGCAUCAUUCACGAAGCGUCCAUUUGAUACCAGCAUGUCGCUCAGUGUUCACAGUCUACUGUUGGCUGAUGCAUUACAGACAUUUGGCCCAGACUUUGAGCUGCUUGUUGCAAGUCAUAAGCAUGUUGGAAUGGACAGUGUAAGCGGUAGCCUGCGGGACAGUGAACCUACAUCUCCAACUUCGCCAGGUUCACCUGAUCCCACAGCUCCUCGUUCAUUCAAAGCAACAUCACCCAUCGCGCUUACUCAGGCAUUAUCUAGCCUCCAGUUAGACCCUCUAGCUUCAUUACGAGCUGCUUCACCUACGUAUGGUGUGCCAUCAUCCCCACCUCAUAUCACUUCUCCACCACUACCUGCAAGGCCACCAUCCAUCACUAUGGAGCCGCUGGAUGCAGAAGCACUCAUUACUGUUGAAAUCCUGCUUGUUAGUGCCAGUUGUCCAUCCAAUGAAGGCAGUGGAGAAGCACUUCAAGUUGCUUCUAUCCAGUUUAAUAACCUGGAUAUAAUAGCUAACCAAGAGACGAUAGUUGAACUUCUGGGCUUCAUGCAAACUAUCUUUCCGCAAUUUAAUGGAGGGAGUGGAAGAACUCGAACUGGAAUUCCAGCUCCUUCUCCUGAACCCAUAGAGGAAAGUGAAGGACCAAACUGGGAACCAACACGAACAGAGGUGACCUUUGACUUCCAUAGGUUGAAUGUUCUGCUCUUACGUGCUGUUGUAAGGGAUGGAACUAUUGUAGGUCGUAAAAUUGCCACUGCUACAAUGUCACAGGCAAAAAUACUGGCUACAGUCGGAAAUGAUGUUGUUAUUCAUGGAUCUCUUGGUGGACUGCAGUUGUUGGAUUUGACACCAGAAGGUCAUCUUCACCCACGCAUCUUAUCACUUGGAAAAGACCCACUUGGAGAGCGUGAUUCUUUAGCAGGAUUGGCUGCUGACCUCUAUAGCUUUGGGCAACACCAUAACCAGGUUACUGAUGCACUGAGUUUUAGUGUGUGCAGACCUCUGAAUCGUCACACAUCACUAACAGAAGGUUUGAAAUGGCCAGAAAUAAAGAUCCGUAUGGCGUCUGUGUGGUAUACACACUCACCUCAAAUUGUGGCAGAAUUGCAGUGUUGUGUUGCAGAGUUUCAGCAGUAUCUUACAAAUUUGGCUCGAUCUAUAAAAUCAGCCGCUACAGAAAUGGCAAUAGGGCUGGUUCAAGCUCGGACAGAGCUACUAGCUCAGACUUUUUAUACAAACAACAAGUUGUCCACGUCACUUACUGCCAUUGGUUCCGAGACACCUUCUCCAAAACGAAGGGGUCAGAGCAGUGUCUCACAAUCUGCAGCUGAUCUGAUGGAUAGUGUAACAAGUACACAGACACCAUACAGUCCCAGUGAGGAUGGAAUUCUAGAUCAAGUCAUCAAUAUAAAACUGGACAUUGUACUGGACUCCCCAGUUGUUGUACUGCCACGCUGUGCUUCCAGCUAUGAAGUUUUUGUUGCACACCUGGGUAAAAUGUCACUGAACAACAGCUGGCCAAGUGAGUCUGAAGACAUAUGGAUAAGGCGUGAAUACUACAACAUAGACAUCAAAGAUAUUAAUGUGUAUUCUCUGGAUACGAUACGCAGGGGCACACGAGAUCUUCACUUGAACCCUGACUGUCCUCCAAUGCGUGCAGAGAAACUGUAUUCUUGUUUGGAGGAGGGCAAGCCAAUUCUUCAUGACACAGCUUUGCGUCUCCUGGUGGAAAGGCACUGUGGGCUAAUGAGACAACAAACUGAUAACCUGCUGCUUGGCGCAGAGACUCCUCCUGAGUUUCAAGAAGUGGAAUUACAUGACUUGAUGCAGGUAACUGGGACUGUUGUUACACAGUUAAAAAUUUCACUUUCUCGUCAGCAAUAUGAACAAUUAUUGGAAACUGUAUCAACUCUGGUAACACCUCCAUUACUGGAACCAUCCCCUACAGCAACUAGCCGCAGGUUAGCAGAUAUUGCAGAAGAGGAGACAUCUGGUAUAUCCACUCUCAGGUUAGAAGAAGCAUUGCAUACUCGUGCAGUGGACUCAUCAGGGCAACUUUCUGGGCACAAGCAUCCCCUUACUUUGAAAGUGUCCUUUGAUCUUCCAGUAUUCAUAGCAGAGUUGAAAGGUGAUUUUGGAAGAGGAGAACAAGGCCUAGUAGAUUUGUCUAUAAGAGACUUCAGUGUUCAGUUUGAUAGAUCUCAUCGUUAUGAAACCAACAUACAGAUGUGCCUGCGAUCUCUGUUGAUGGAGGAUUUGAUGAAGGAACCUGGAGACAAACAUCGUUGUAUAGUUGUGUCAUCUGCACAGAGUGAUGGUCAGUAUGUGCAACCGCCUUCAUUUGUCUCUAAGUCAUGUCCAAAUCUUGCUGCUACAUUAGCAGUACAGCCACCUCCGGAGGUCAGAGGAUCACUUCCAUGUCACCUGGGGACUGGUUUCAGAAGACCAGCAAAUAUUACAGCUUCAGGUAGAACGCUCCAGAAAACAAAAACUGUGGAAUACCCAUGCACACCACCACCAUCUCCGCGUGCACACGGAUCACCUCAACGAAUGUUCCGGGAAGAUAAUCUCAUGCACAUAAAUGUUGUACUUGUAGAUACAAAAGCACCAAAUUUUGCUUCAUUUUAUAAUUCUGUACAACGUUCAGUGACAGUAGAUUUCAAUUCCCUGGAUAUUGUGGCCAACAUUGAGUCUUGGGUUGUUGUAUUUGACUUCUUCAGCAUUGGCUCUGGAAUGCCAUCAAUAUCAAGAACAGUCUCACCCGAGGGGUCAUCGGAAGCAACAGUGAAGGAACCAGAUACUAUUAAUUCAGACUUGGAGGUGGAUGUAAGAUCUGUGACCUUAGUGUUAAACCUUCCAGCACAUGAGGUUGCUUGUGCUAAUAUCUCCAAUUUGCACACUACUGUCCGCUCUCGAGGCCAAGAUACUUAUGUGGAUGGCCGCUUGGGAAGUAUGUCCCUUUUGGAUGUAUCCCCACAUAGUCAUCUUUACAGGGAGCGAUUUAUUUCAUCAGGCCAUGAGGCUCUUAAUUUCACUUACUUUAGCUAUGGGCAGCAAGAUGUGUCACUGCAGCGCGAGUAUGAUUCUCAUUUGAAAUUAGAAAUGUCAACAGUUCUAUACAUCCAUACAAAGAGAUUUGUUGCUGAAAUACAGGCAUUUUUCCAUCAUUUCUCACAGUUGCGUGGUGUCAUGGCCAGUAUUCGAGCUGCUACAACUGGUAGAGAGAUACCGAAAUCAUUGACACAUGCACCACGCAUGCUUCUGGAAUUGCAUGCAGGCUCUCCAGUUAUCAUGCUGCCAGUCAGUUCACUCUCAUCAGACAUCCUAGUAGCAGAUUUGGGCAGGCUUACCGUGAGCAACAGUUUUAAGAUGUAUGGGUCACCUGGGACUAUAAGAGUACCUUCUCGACAGGAAAUAUCACCAGAUGCGUCACCACCAGAAAUGUGUUUACUGGAUGUAAUGGAAGUUGAACUGAUGAACAUGGACCUGUAUCCUGGACAAUGGAAAGUGAUGUGUUUGGAUGACCACUCUCCUCCUGCAGGCAGCCUCAUGUUGGGAAUGUCAGCUUAUGUCAUGCGAGCAGGGCCAUCACUUUUACGAGAGAAAUGUCAACUGCACCUGCAGGUUGAUCGGAACCUCAACUAUCAGAAGCAUUUGUGGAUACCGGACAUGAGUGUUAAUGGAAAAUUAUCAGCAGUACAUGCUGCAGUAGAUUUGGCUCAGUACAAAUUGAUUCGUGGUCUUCUCACUUACAAUAUUGGAGAAAAUGUAGAGGACCUUCUGGUUUAUUACUCAAGCAGUCCUGAUGCAUCAAGAUCAUACUCCCUGGAAGGAGACAGAACUCUGCUUUCUAUUCUGUUGGAGCUGGAGAAUGUAACUCUUCAACUGCAAAGGCAACAGGGCAUUCCUUUAGCUGGAAUAAAUUUCAUUAAGUCUAGAUUACUGCUGGAACUGAUGAAUGAUGGCUCACAAGACAUUGACCUUGCAUCUCAGGAGAUACUGCUUAUUGACACACGUUUCCAAGCUGAACCAGUGAACAAGAGAUCUAAUGUGUUUACCAACAUUCUUCAACCUAUGAAAACUGCUCAUGCUGAGAAAGAAGUACAAGCUGAAGUCCAUCAUAGGAGGAGACAGGAUAGUGCGAUGUUCACAAUUCUGCUGAAGGACAUGCGCCUCAUGGCAAUUCUAGACUGGUGGGAAGCUGUUAGGAAUUUUAUAAUUGAGAAUGCAGACGUACCCAGAGGAGAAAAUAAAACAAUACAGAAAUCAGGAGCAAAUAGCACAGCUGGAGCUCUACCAGGCAGUAACACAGUUCCAGCAUUUGAACUAAAGAUGAAUAUAACAAACUGUGAAAUAGUGCUAGUGGAAAAUGCAGCUCAGUGGGACUCCAGUGCUGUUAUACUGAAGAGUAACUCUGUUGUUGUUUAUCGCCCACAAAUAGAGGAGAAACCUCUCUCUUGUGAACUAAAUAAUUGCGAACUUUUUAGCUGUGUAUUGGACAUGGAAGAUGACACAGCAUUGUCAAUAAUAGAUCCUGUUCACAUUAGCAUAGAAAUAGCUCGCCAUGCAUCAAAUGACAGUAUGCUGGAGGUAAGGGUAACACAAAAAAACCGUAAAACAUUUAUUUCUUUGGAUGGCUGCAGUCUGACAUAGAAUAUGUUUAUUUUUCAGAUAAUAUCAAAGGAUCUAACUAUACGAUUGUCAUAUCAUGAUAUGCGCAUGUUCCUUCAAAUCCUAAAUAGCUUACCAAAACAGACCCCAUGGGCCAAGGCUCAAGACUCUCACAGCACCAAGAGCAACCAGCCUGCAAACAUAAGAUAUCAAGUAAACAAACUAGUGAAUAUUGGAUUCAAAGCCGAGGACUGUCUUCGUGCCCUGGAAUUUUGCCAUGGUGAUAUAGAUGAUGCAGCUAUUUGGCUUACACAGAAUGCUGUUCCAGAUUGCAGAGAGAAUUCUGACAGUUUGUCAGAUAGACACACAGCUUUGGGUUUUGAAGCAAUCACAGUGGAGACCACAUGCCUACGUUUGGUGAUAAUAGAUGACUGCAGAGAUGCUGAUGUCCCAUUAUUUGAACUUACAUUUCUGCAGUUGCAACUGAAACAGGAACUUGGUGGUGCUGGAAACUCCUCUUUCUGUUUAUGUGGUGAUUAUUACAACAGGCUCUUGUCUGGAUGGGAGCCUUUCCUUGAACCAUGGGGGUGUCAGUUAACAUGGAAUCACACUCCAUCAUCACCCUCCUCACCAAGUCCGUUAGAGAACAGAUUAAAUGUGAACAUAACUUCAGUAGAUAUCUUGAAUGUAAAUAUUACCAGUACUAUUGUAGACUUGUUCAAGACUGUUAAAGAAAAUUGGAUGCUAGAUUAUGGGAGUACAUCACAAGACAGAGUUGACUUUUAUUCCAAGAAUAGCCCAGCUGGUUACAGACGCCGCUCUCCUUUUGUACCAUAUGCUGUACACAACAAGACAGGCUCGACUCUGUGGUUCCAUACUCAUGUCACGGAUAUAGAGAACAUGUCCGAAGGCCAGACCAUGCACACAGAGCAACACGAGAAAUGGAUUGAAGUUCCACCUGAAGCAACAGUGCCCUUCACCUAUGAAGACAGAGGAAAAAUUCGCCAUAGAGACACACACAAACAUACCAUUCAUCAGCUUCUAGUGAAGGUUAAUGGCUGGAAAUGUACACUUCCUGUUUCUGUUGAUAAAGUAGGGGUAUACUUUCGACAAGCAGUGCCUGAAAACCAGAAUCCUUAUCUCUCGUACUUGGAUGUACCAGAGGCCAGGAUUGUGUUUGAAGUAACAUUAGAAGGGUCUGCCAAGAAAUUAGUGACUGUGAGGUCAGCUCUAGUGUUAUCAAACAAGCUUCAUGAAGCAGUCGAGGUGAAGCUAGAAAACAGUUCACUGGAACCAGGAGAAGCUGUGAAGUUUUUGCGAGUACCUGCAUCUACUGCCAUGCCUAUACCUCUCGCUCAUGUCAUGUCACAGCUUUGGAUACGUCCUGUUGAUCAACGUUACUUAUAUUGCACUCGUCCAAUCAUAUGGAAUCAUGUGAGCAAACCAGGGGAAGUUGUUACAGAACAUCGGCAGUGUCUCAGUAGCAGAGAUCUUUGUUACAGAUUUUGUGUGGCAGUGCAUCGGGACAAUUAUCCUGUUGAAAAACCACUGGCAAGAAGUACAUGGUUGCAACCAGGGCAUACUAUAACAUUGUUCAGCCCUCUCUGCAUAACCAACUUACUGCCAUAUGACCUUCACUUCAGUGUGUCAAAAGACCAAAAAUUUGAGGGACAUGUUCGUCCAGCAGAGUCGUUUAGUUUACAUCAGGUAGACACAGAGGCUGCAGUGGAAAUAAAUUUCAGGUUGGAAAAUUUUCCAGGAAUUGGUACAUUGAUAAUUCCAUCAGGAAGUAGCUCUUUUAGUGGACGUGUUCGGGUGCAGGACCUCCAAGGGCGAAGACUGUAUCUUCAGAUUUCAGUGAAUGUACGAAGAGGUACAGGAUACAAGGUUUCUGUAUCAGUACCUUUCUGGAUCUACAAUAGAACUGGUCUCCCUCUAGUAUUUCGACAGGAAGGAGUUGCAACAGACACAGCUGGGCAAUUUGAUGAGCAUGAAAUGGCACGCAUGGUGGCACCACUUAUGUUUUCCUUUGCAGAUCAUGAAACUACUCCAACAGUUGUUGCAAGGAUUGGCAAUAAAGUGCACCCAGAAGGAAUUCCACAUUGGUGCAAUCACUUCCACCUUCAGAAAGGCCUACAAGUGCGCAGACUGAGAGUUGCUCUGAGAAGCAACAGCCCAGAUCUUGUGUAUUUAAUUGGUAUCGAAGUUCGCCCUGGUCGCGGCCGUCACAGAGUUACACACAUAGUUACUUUAUCUCCAAGAUACCAACUUCACAAUAUGUCAAGUCAUCAUCUCCUUUUUGCCCAAAAAUGCUUCACAGGUGGUACGACUGAUCCUGGAGCUGAAGCAACUUACCUGAGGACUGUGCCUGAUUGCAAUUUAGCAUGGCAUUGGCCUCGGCUCGACAAAGACCAGUUACUUUGUGUUCGUUUACCUAAUGUUUCAGGCUCUUUGUGGUCUGGAGGAUUCCAGAUAGAUAUCAGUUAUUCUCUGCAUGUAAAUAUAAGAGAUGUAAGCAGUAAAAUGUACCUGCUGCGUGUGGAAGUAGUUUUGAAAGGUGCCACAUACUGUGUUGUAUUCACAGAUGCUGAUACAAUGCCUCCACCAAUACGCAUUGACAAUUUGUCAGAGGUAUCCAUGCAGUUUUAUCAGAGUUGCAUCAGUGACGAAAUCCUGCAGACUGUAGUGAGACCAAGAACAUGUAUUGCUUAUGCUUGGGAUGAACCCACUCAGCCCCAUUUCAUAAAUCUAGUUGCACCUGGAGGUGCAUCUUGUGUCUACGAAAUGGCAACUCUAGGACCUGGUCGAGGACUGACUUAUGAAAAUUUUAUAUACAUCACAUUCACUGGCACCUUUGAGAAUGUUCACGGUGAUCCAUUAGAUGUCAGAGGCCAGCAGCUUGUUCUGGAGGUGUUACCUGGAAGUAACCGUGUUACGUUAGCUCGAAAAGAGCAUGGAGUAAGAUCUCAGCUUUGGCGGAUGUCAAGUGAGGGCUUGCUGCAGCAUGAAGGAAGCUCACCACCACAUGAUCAAUCUGGCAGUGGCGGUCUUGUCCUAGAUAUAGCUGGACCAGCUCCUCAACCACUCCAAUAUGUCCCUCUAGUGUUACGACGUCCAGAUGCCCGCCGUCAGUCUACGCAAACCUGGAGAUUUACUGCUGAAGGACGUCUCUGCUGUGCUCAUUAUAACAUGUGUGUUCAAGCUAAGGAUGGCUUCUUUGGUUUACGGCAAGGAGGAUCCCGGUUAAGCUCUUCUUGGCAAAUGUGGAAUGAGGUUGUGCUGGGACCACCACAGCCAGUGUGUCAUCAGUUGACAGUUACAGGUAUACCUAUAGAGCAGGCUGUUGGCAGGCAAAAGUUGCGCCCAGGUUCUGGAUUUUUGGCAGUCAAUGUUCUCAUGGAUGGACCCACAACUGUCUUGCAAAUAAGUGAUCUGAAGGAGAAGCAGUCAUAUCACAUUCUCCAUGCUGAUGCUCACAAUUACAGAGUAAUGACUAUUAAACAUGGUGCUACAUCCACUGAUGGACGAGUUAGUCAUAAUGACUCAAAAGAGAUGCAGGUAAAAAUCAGUUUACCAGCUGGUCUUGGGCUGAGCCUCGUAUCGCAGCAUACACCAGCAGAAGAGUUACUGUAUUUGACACUUAAAGAGAUAGACUUGAAGGCAUUAUGGUCAGACCAAGAAACAUCAAUGUAUUUACGUGUACGUGAUGUACAGUGUGACAAUCAGUUGGUGGAAGCACAGUGUGCUGUGCCGCUCUAUGUGACUCAGUCUCGAUCAAACCAUGGAGAAACAUCAAGUGGAGAUUUUGCCUUGGAGAUUAUGAUUGAACAACAAGCAAGUUCUAGUACUAAUGCUGAAAUAUAUAAGCGAUUGAUGGUCUCUGUGAAGAACCUGUCUAUUACAAUAGAAGAAAGGCUUCUACUGAAACUCUUCCUAUUUGUGGGGUACAGCCAGUUGGAUGCUGACCAAGAAGCUAUGGAAGAAAGUGAUGUUGAGACUCAGAGAUUGAUCACUGAAGCCUCAUCAAUUAGUACAAAGCGCUAUUACUUUGGAAGUUUACGUCUUGAGCCCAGCCAGAUUCGGUUGAGUGUAUUGACAUCUAACAAGUUGGCUCCUGAACUGCGCACUAUCAAGCGUAAACUUGGACUGAAGCUAAUUAAAUUUGAAGAUGCCGCAGUUGAUUUGGAGCCAUACUACAAAACCCAUCAGUUUGAGAGCAGUCUUUUCCUCGUUAAUUCUAUAAUCAAACAUUUCAAAGAGGAACUGAAGUGGCAGGCAGCUAUCAUCUUGGGAUCUGUCGAUUUUUUGGGAAACCCCCUUGGCCUUGUGAACGAUGUGUCUGAGGGGAUGUCUGGUCUUAUUUUUGAGGGCAAUGUUACUGCACUUCUGAGGAAUGUUACACAUGGCCUUUCCAAUUCAGCUGCUAAAGUCACUGGAUCUCUGUCUGAUGGCCUAGGUAGAGUCAUUCUGGAUGACAAACAUGAGGAGACCAGACAGCGGAUACGCAAAGUCAGAAACAGCAGUAGUGGUGAACAUUUGGUAGCUGGACUCAAAGGCCUAGGUUUUGGCCUACUUGGAGGUGUUACCAGUGUCUUUAAGCAGACAUAUGAAGGAGCUGCAAAUGAUGGCAUGCAGGGCUUCAUUUCUGGACUUGGUAAAGGACUUGUAGGAACAGUAACUAAACCUGUUGUUGGAGUUUUGGAUCUAGCUUCUGAAGCUGCAAGUGCUGUAAGAGAUUCCAGCCGAAGCUCAAUACGAAUAAAUCGCCAAAAAGUCCGUGAAACUCGUUGUGUCAUAGGUACAAGUGGUCUAUUGCCACCAUAUGACUCAAAACAAAGCACAGGAUUGCGAUAUCUUUAUGAUAUCAAUGAUAGAAAUUAUUCAGAACUGUUUAUUGCAUAUGAGUGUCUACGAAGUGGAGCAGAAGAUCUUCGUAUCUUGGUGUCCAGUGAGAUAAUACGUGUAUUUACUUGUGGACCAGCUGCAGCCAGUCACAAUAUAGUUCUGGAAAUAAAUUUAGGUGACUUGUUUUUCUGCAAAGCAGUGCAAGAAAUGUCACUUAGCAGUGGCAGCCCCAUGUAUUAUAUUGAACUGACAGUCAGAGCUGAAGCUGCCAGUGAAAGGCUUGUGGUGCUGCAGGAGGCAGUCAAGAAGCCACGUGUUCGCUGUGAUGAUGAAAUUACAGCUAAACAGGUAUCACAUCACAUAAAUUAUGCAAAGGGAUUGUUUGAAGAGCGGCGGAACACACUUGUAUCUCUAGGUUAUGAUAUUUUAGAAGACUGAAUGUAUAGUACAUAAGUAAUGAUAUGGACCAUUCUAGGUGCUAAAUGCGCACAUCAGUGCACACUAUUCAAAGAACAAAAGUACCUGUUAUUUUUGUAAACCAUCUGUGUGGAAUUAUGUUGUGCUCAAAAGAUGUUAAUAAUCCUCAUUUUGUCCUACAAGUAUAACUCAUUUUUGUAAAUAUAUGUAUGCUGUAAAAAGUUAUUUUAUAUUUGUAACAAAAUUGUAUUCAUUUGCAUUAAAUAUAACUCUAUACAUGUAAUUGUUGUAAAAGGCUGUACAUGAUGAAACAAAAAAAGCAAUGAAAUGUACGAUGUAGAAUAAUUGCAAAGAGUGCAGUCUGGUCUAAUUUGUGCAUCUUUAUAAUAAAUGUUCCUAGGGGGCAGACAUGUUACCUAGUUUUGAUACAUUCUGUUUUCUGUGUAUAUUUUUUGUCUUUCCACUAAACUGCGAAUGUUGAGGAAAAAUGCUAUAUAGAUGAUGCUAUAUCCAGCUUGUAUAUCAACAUUUUAUUUAUAUCACUGCUGUUAGUGACUCUUUUGUAGCUUUGUUUCAUGUUAACAUCUGAAAAUUGCUCGCAAUUCUGCCUUCAAAACAUCUUUCAUGUUCAUUUCACCACCACAGCAGUAUUUUAAUAUUUCAGAGUAGCUUUUUUGCAAAAUUUAGUGAAGGUAACCAUUAUUUAUAACAGGGUUUAAUAGAUAAACAUAUAUUUUUGAUAGUGUUGUAAAUUAAUAUUGUGUCACAUGUGUCAGAAUAGGUAACAUUCAAAUGUAAGUUUAUAUUUUAAUUUUGUGAUGUAUUAUGACACACAGUACCUGCUGUUUUCCAUUAAGGAUGGCCUGUUAUCUUUCUCUCCUUGACUGGGAUCAGGCAGUCAAAACUGUUGUAUUGUAAUUAAAAUAAAUGUUUUGCUAAUUUAGUUUAAUUUAUUUAGUAAGCUUUUCCAGCAGAUAAAUGGUUGUGUUGUAAGAAUGCUUUGCUUUUGUUGUGUAGUAAUCGGUGCUAAUAUGAACAAGUGUCCACAAUUCAUGAUGUGUACUUCGCAGUUUUGCACAUUGUAUUUUAUUUAUUUGUAGUAGCCUUAUUUAAUAAAUGUUAAUCAUAAUUUGUACAUUCUUCAGAUUAUUUUAAAUAAAUGCCCCUCAUCGAAUGUAGUUAGUAGUAGGUAAUAUGUUUCACUAACUCGUGACAAUGAUGCUGUACUAACAGUUCCUACUUAUCCCUCAAGUUUGUCGUGUUGGUUUUUUCCUAUGGCUAGCCAGAUGUUAUCAUUUCAUAACAUAUACUCCUAAGCAACUGCAAGGGGGGAAAAAUCCAUAUGUGCUGCUCCUUAAGCAUUUUAACUUUAACAUUAUACUGAAAGAUCUUGGGGAAAAGUGCUGAUUAAUCAUAUCACUUAAUUUUGCGUGCUUUUUGUUGGCUGGACAGAAAUUACUAUUGGAACUGAUGCAUUGCACCCCCCCCCCCCAAAAAAAAAAAAAAAAAAAAGGAGAGAAGAGAAAAGAAAUCCUGACAUAUAUAGAACUAAUAUACAAACUAUCUUUGGUAUUAGUGUAAUGAACUGCCAGUGUUCACACCAGUUAUCUGAUUCCUUAUUUUUCAAGCACAAAGUGCAAUGCUACAAAGUACAGGCAACAGAAAGUGGAAUAAUGUACCGUAUAAGAAAUAUUUAAAUAAUAGUGAUUCUUAUGGGAGAGGGGCCAAUCAGAAGCAAAUACCUGAAGAAACCAGAAACAAUCUGGCAUAUGACUGAUGGAAUAAAAACAAAAGUACUUUAAUCAGCUCAACAUUCAUAACUAAACUAGUCUGAUGAAAUAAUAAAUAUAUUUGCUACCAUUGUUCUGUAGAAGCCGUUUGAUUUGUACUUCAUAUUGUGUAAUACAUUGUUAUGGAUUGUUAAUUGCAGUUUAAUGUGUAAGACUGAGCUUGAAUCCUCUGUGUCCUGAGAGGUCAGAUUGUAGAUAACCUAACACUAUGUUUUAAUGGGUAUCGUACAGAAAAUUCUGUGUAUGUAGAAUGUCUGACAAAUUUAACUGAAGCAUUGCAAGGCAAUAUAAAUAAAUGUUCGCUUAGAAAUCAGUUAUUAAGAAUCUGUUGUUAUUUAUGGCAAGAAGGAUUAUGUUGUACAAUUGGAUAAUGUAUGUAGCUGAUUAUAAUAUACAUUGAUUAUGUUAACAAAUUGAUUUGUUACUAACAAAAUAAAUUUUUGUCAUUGGC